UCUCAAUACAAGUCGUUUCAUCGCUCCAGCUGGUUGUUCUCAAACAGCACAAUGGCCAAACUGCUCACAGGUGUGGGUCUUCUUCUAAUGCUGCACAUAGCGUCUUCCAGCAAAUUGGUGUGUCACAUGACCAACUGGGCCCAGUACAGGCCCGGCAGUGCCAAGUUCACCCCAGACAAUAUCGACCCGUUCUUGUGCACGCACGUCAUCUACGCCCUGGCCACCAUCAACAGCUUCAACCAAAUCAGCCCCAUUGAGUGGAACGACGAGGACCAGUUUAUCAAACUGAACAACCUGAAAAACACCAACCCUGCACUGAAGACUCUGCUGUCCGUUGGAGGAACAGUCAAUGGAAUAAGCCCAUUUAUCGCCAUGGUUGGCAAGCCAGAGAGUCGCGCUACCUUCAUCGUGUCGGUCAUCAACUACUUGAGAAACCAUAACUUUGACGGACUGAACCUGGCUUGGGAAUAUCCCGCACACAACGGCAGCCCCCAGGAGGACCGGGGCAGAUUCACACUGCUGGCCAAGGAGUUGUUUACAGCUUUUGAGGCAAAUGCCAUAACCUCCGGGAAGCCUCAACUCCUGCUGUCCGCCAACGUGGCAUCCAUCAAGUCCACCGUUGACCGAGCCUACGAGGUCAACAAGACUGCACAAUACUUCGACUUCAUCAACGUCAUGUCGUACGACUUCCACGGACACUGGGAGGCAGCUACCGGACACAACAGUCCUCUCUACCCCAGUUCUAUUGACUCUGGAUCGCACGUUCACCAUAACAUUAACUCUUCUGUGUCGUACUGGUUGGAGCUUGGCGCACCCGCCGAGAAGCUGCUGCUGGGUUUUCCAACGUACGGAAGAACGUACCGCCUUAGAACUGGCGCUAACGGCUUGGGAGCGCCAUCUAACGGACCAGCCGACGCCGGGCCGUACACUCGCACUGCUGGGUUCUGGGCCUUUUAUGAGGUGUGUACUUUCGUCUCCAGUGCUUCUGUUGGAUGGAUCGAGCAGCAGAAGGUUCCUUACGCCACUUAUGGCAGUGCUUGGGUGGGCUAUGAUAACCAGCAAAGCUUCUCAUCCAAGGUGCAGUGGAUGACAGGGCUGAACCUGGGAGGCGCUCAUGUGUGGACGCUUGACAUGGACGACUUCAGUGGAUCCUUCUGCUCAUCAGGAUCUUACCCUCUCAUCAACCACCUCAGGAUGUCAAUGGGUUUCCCUCCUAAGCCUAUCACCACGCCAGCUCCCACCACUACCAUGGACCCCAUAGCCCACUUCUGCAAAGGGCGUCCUAACGGGCUGUAUGAGAACCCAUCUGAUAAGACAACCUACUUUCAGUGCUUCCAAGGAAACACGUACUUGCACCGCUGCCAACCGGGACUCAUCUACUGGGACUCCUGCAAGUGCUGCAACUGGCCUUGAUACACAACAACACGCAUACACACGUACUACUGGAAGUAUUGACUCAACAACACAACAACACAACAGCAUCUCACUCACACUGACCCUUUUAAAAUAAAAUA